AUGAACGCUGCAAAUAAUCAAACAAGUGGUGGCAAUGUUAAAACCUUUGUUGCAAAUGAGCAAGGUUUUGAACGCAUUGCAAGAACUUUACAACUAUUAGUAAAACACUUUUUACGCGCGUCAAGUAAACCUGUUAGUAAUGAUAAUAAACGGAAAUCUUUAUUCGAUAUUGAAUUCGCUGAUACUGGUUUAUCUACACGCGAACGACAAGUGCAUGAGUAUUGUAUAAAGAUAUUGGGAAGCCGAAUGACUCCUUCGAAGGUAAAUGAUGAAAUACACGUAUCAGAUCUUAUAAAGAAGAAAUUAAUUCGAGAAAAUAAAUCAACAAUACAAGCAUUACGAUUCACAACUUUAUUUGCAAAGCUGCAAUCCCAGUCGAUCUUAACACAAAGAUGGGCCAUUCUAUACUUUUUAUUGUCAAUCAGUGAUUAUACUACAACUCGAGACACUUUGCCAUUGGAUUAUGUAUUCUCUUCCGGAGGUCUAUAUGAACCUACAGUAAAGGAGACAUCAGAAGAUUCCCAAAAUCGAUUUAUGCCCAAUAUUCCAUUUUCAUCAGCAGCCUCAGGAACAAAGCUAAAAACUCCAAUAUCAAAUGAAAACCCUCCAGUAGUUGUGGAAAAUUUACCGCCGGAUGAAAUUCUACGUAAUCAAUCAACAGCGAAACAUGAAAUUUCCGAAGCUCUUUUGCUACGAGAUAUCGUAUUUGUUUUUCAAGGCAUUGAUGAAAUGGGAUUGCUUUAUGGAAAAGUUGAUACGUUUGUAAAAAGUAAAAUAAAUGACUCAUCAAUUGGAUUAGUUGGACAGGCUUUCUGUUCUGCGUUACAACGGGAGUUGACUGAUUACUUUAGGUUAAUGGCUAUAUUAGAAUCACAAAUUACAAAAAAAAUAGAAACCGAAAAAGGAUCAUCCAAAGGAGGUCUUUCAUUAAAAAGAGUUUUAGUAUGGACACAAGAUUCGUUGGCUAAAUUACGAAUAAUGUCUGUACUCGUUAAUCAUUGCAAAGAGUAUAGAGGUGGUGCUUUAGUUUCUAGACCAUUCUACGAGAUGUUGACACGUUGGAUCUAUGAAGGAGAAUUGGAAGAUCCUUUUGAGGAAUUUUUUGUGAAAUGUGAUGAUGAUGUAGAAGAGGAGAAGCUUUGGCAAUCAAAAUAUUCGAUACGCUCAGACAUGCAACCUACUUUUAUUAGUACAACACUUGCAAAGAAGAUAUUCUCCAUUGGCAAAUCAUUGAAUUUUAUUCGUUAUAGUUGUCAUGACAGUGAUUGGAUAUCAACUCAAAAUCAAGAAACUGGAUCCGAAAAAUUAUUAAAAUAUGGUGAUAUUAUUGCAUUGGAGAAUUCGAUAGACGCCACAUAUACCGCCACAAGCAAGCGACUAUUAAAUAUCUUAUAUUCAAAGUAUAAAUUAAUGGAACAUCUUAAAGCAUUGAAACGAUACUUGAUAUUAGGUCAAGGUGACUUUAUACAGUAUUUAAUGGGUCAAUUAGGCCCAGGACUAUCAAAUCCCGCAAAUACUCUUCAUCGUCAUAAUCUCACAGGAACAUUAGAAGCAGCUAUUCGCGCAUCUAAUGCACAAUAUGACGAUCCUGAGAUUCUUCGCCGAUUGGAUGUUAGACUAUUGGAGGUUUCUCCCGGUGAAUGUGGCUGGGAUGUUUUCAGUUUGGAUUAUCAUGUUGAUUCUCCGAUCAAUACAAUCUUUACCCCACAAGUAAUGGAAGAAUAUCUCAGAUUAUUUAAUUUUCUAUGGCGUCUAAAACGUGUAGAAUACGAACUUUCGGAUGCAUGGCGUCGACAAACCACUGGCGCUAGAAAUUUGGCUGAGAUUGGAGAAUUAAAAAAAGACAUAAACUCUAGUCGAAUUGUUUGCAAUGAAAUGAUUCAUUUUGUUUAUCAACUUCAAUAUUAUAUCUUAUUCGAGGUAAUCGAGUGUUCCUGGGAUGAACUUGUGACUGAUAUCGAGAAAAAAUCUGGGGAUUUGGAUUCUUUGAUUGAGGCACAUAAUAGAUACCUAAACAACAUCACUACAAAAAAGAGAGUAUCAACGAUUAUUGCAUAUAUAUUACAGUAUAUGAUUGCUCUGGAAGAACUUUAUUUAUUUGCAGCAAAAGAAAUGAUUCGUCGAGAUAAACUAUAUAAUGAAUCUGAUAUUUAUGAAUUUAGAUACAAAAGAAAUAACUCAAUUCCAGUGCCAGAUAACGAGCUUAAAGACGCACUUAAACACUUACAACAAAAAUUAACCGAUAUAUCUAAUGAGUUGAUGAACUUUUUGACCUCCUUAGCUCAUCAUCGUGAUACCGAUUUACGUUUCUUGAGUGUUCGACUUGACUUUAAUGAAUUUUAUCAUCAUGCUUCUGAGAAGGAAGGUAAUAAGGGUAAGAGAGUAUAG